UCAUCUGUAGAUGGUGGCCACAGGAAUCUGUCGCUCAGAUGACCAUGUGGUUAGUGGACACUUAAUGACUGCUCUUCCUGUGAUCCUGGGCCACGAAGCAGCUGGCAUUGUGGAAAGCAUUGGAGAAGGGGUGACUUCAGUAAAACCAGGUGAUAAAGUCAUCCCACUGUUUGUUCCCCAGUGUGGAAAAUGCAAAAGUUGUAAACACCCAGAAAGCAACUUCUGCGUGAAAAAUGAUUUAUCAUCAGGGAAUCCGGGCAAACUGCAGGACGGCACCACCAGGUUCACCUGCAGAGGAAAGCCCAUCCACCACUUCCUGGGCACCAGCACCUUCUCUCAGUACACAGUGGUGGAUGAGAUCUCCGUGGCCAAAAUCGAUGCAGCCUCACCCCUGGAGAAGGUCUGUCUCAUUGGCUGUGGAUUUUCUACCGGUUAUGGCUCUGCUGUCAAAGUUGCCAAGGUCACCCAGGGCUCCACCUGUGCUGUGUUUGGCCUGGGUGGAGUCGGCCUGUCUGUUAUCAUUGGCUGCAAAGCAGCAGGAGCAGCCAGGAUCAUUGCAGUGGACAUCAACAAAGACAAAUUUGCAAAGGCCAGAGAGGUGGGUGCCACUGAGUUUGUCAACCCUCAAGACUAUGACAAACCUAUUGAGGAGGUACUCCAGGAAAUGAGCAAUGGAGGUGUGGAUUUCUCCUUUGAAGUCGUUGGUCGGCUUGACACCAUGACCUCUGCAAGGAAAAUUACUGUACUCCAAAGGACUUCUUUGGGACUCACAGCUGCUCCCCAAUUUUAUGAGAAUUUACAGUAUAUAAAUAGCCUGAUCAAUUAAAUAUUGAAAGGACAGCUUCUAACAAAUGGUUAUUACCAAAUGGUUAUU